CGCUCGGUGCGGCUGGAGUUCCGUUGUUUCGCUUGUGUUGUGAUUCUCAUGUCAGGUUUUACUCCACUAUCUGACAGAGCUCUGGUUUUCCCGCACGGUGUGCUCCUCUAGAGAAAACCCGCCUCGGAAAAAACGGCAGUAUUUUCCUUCUGGAUACUCACAGAGAAGUGGUUUGUAGGUUUCUGAUGUGGCUUGCUAACUAGCAAGGAGGCAAAAAAUUACGAGAGAUACGGAGCAACAAGAGGAGGAGUCCUGUUCUGGAAGAGCUGAUGCAGAUGCCAUGGCAAUAGCCGAGGCAUGGGAGUAACGUGACGGUACUUGAUGUGCUUCCAAACCACAACCUUAUCAGCAUCAUGUUUUUCUGCUGAAUUAGAGGCAGAACAAACAGAGAAUGGACGAGUCCGUGUUAUUGGAUUUGCUCGAGUGCCCUGUUUGUCUCGAGCGGCUGGAUGCUUCAGCAAAGGUUCUCCCUUGUCAGCACACCUUCUGCCGGCGUUGCCUCCAAGGUAUCCUCGGCUCACGCGGGGAGUUGCGCUGCCCGGAGUGCCGGACGUUGGUGGAGUGUGCCGUUGACGAACUUCCCAGCAACAUCCUCCUUGUACGCCUCUUGGAUGGCAUCAAGCAGAGGCCAAGAAGAGCUGGCCCUGGGGCGGCAGUCUGCACAAAUGGUACGUCUGGAGCCAUGGCCAGAGCGCAUGGAAGUGGGUCCAGGGACCAGGGCACCCCAGGAGCACAACCCCAACGAGCUCAGGCUAAGAGCACCCUUGUCCGGGGUAUACCCCAGCUUCCAUGCGCCAAGGCACUCUACAACUAUGAUGGCAAGGAACCAGGAGACCUCAAGUUUAGCAAGGGUGACAUUAUCAUCCUGCGCCGACAAGUGGAUGAGAACUGGUACCAUGGUGAGAUGGGUGGAAUCCACGGCUUUUUCCCCACCAACUUUGUCCAAGUUAUUAAGCCGCUGCAGCAGCCACCACCUCAGUGCAAAGCUCUCUAUGACUUUGAGCUCAAAGACAAAGAGGCAGACAAGGACUGUCUGCCCUUCUCGAAGGACGAUAUCCUGACUGUGAUCCGCAGAGUAGAUGAAAACUGGGCAGAAGGAAUGCUGGGAGAUAAAAUUGGAAUUUUUCCCAUCUCAUAUGUUGAGUUCAAUUCGGCAGCUCGGCAGCUUAUAGAGUUGGACAAGCCGUCUGACUCCAGUGGAGACUCCGGUGAAGGGUCCUCCUCAGGGCCUCAGACCAAUGGUGCCCAGCGGGUAGGGGAGAAGAAGAACAGCAAGAAACGACAUUCCUUCACCUCUCUCACCAUGUCCCACAAACCUAUGCUAGCUCCUCCCCCCCAGCGGCACUCCAUGGAGAUCAGUGGGCCAGUCCUCAUCAGCUCCAGCAACCCCACAGCAGCUGCUCGAAUCGGAGAGAUCAGCGGGGGGCUCUCCUGCAGUGCACCUUCACAGGUGCAUAUUUGCACAACUGGCCUAAUCGUGACCCCACCUCCUAGCAGUCCUGUUACUACAGCAACCGUCUUCACAUUUCCCUCAGAGACGAGCUACACGUCCAUCUCUGUGGAUGCUCUCCCACCACCACCGCCGCCUCCCCCGCAGUCCUCCGUCAGUGGAGCUGCGUAUUCGCUGGCUGCCGGACAGAGACCCUCCCCCAGCAUAAGCGACCAAAGUGGGAGACAAAGACCCACAGUCUAUGUGGCGAUGUUUCCCUACACGCCUCGCAAGGAGGAUGAACUGGAGCUGAGGAAAGGCGAGAUGUUUCUGGUGCUGGAACGCUGUCAGGACGGCUGGUUCAAGGGCACCUCCAUGCACACGGGCAAGAUUGGAGUCUUUCCUGGGAACUACAUGAGCCCAGUCAGCAGGACAGCAUCUGGGAGCUCCCAGCCCAAAGUGCCCAUGAGUCUGUGCACUCAGGCAGGCAGAGGUGUCACCAUCGUCAGCCCCUCUUCUGCUCCGCUUGGGGCCAUUGUUCCAGGGCCUGAUUUUAACAAACCGCUCACCGUGUGCUCCGCUGCUGUACCUGCCAACUCCCAGCCUGCAGCGGUGGUCACCGCAGCUCAAACAGCCACAGGCCAACAGCCAAAAGUCCCGCUGCAUGUCACCUCCCAGAUGACUGUGAAUCAGGCUCGUAACGUUGUCCGGACAGGUAAACUCGCUGGGCUGAAAAUGGAUGUUGUCUCAUUGUAUGAAGGUGAAUUUAAACUUUUUAUGUUUUAUAUCCCAUUUGCAGCUGCAUGUCACAGUCAGGACAGGCCCACCGCAGCGGUGACACCCAUACAGUCUGCAACACCCGUGACAUAUCUCCCACACCUCGCAGUGUGCUCGCAGCCUGGCUCCAGUCCUGCCCAAGGCUGCACUCGAGCUGGGACGGCAAUGGGCUGUGCAGCUGCCUCCUUGACCCCACCCAAUGUUAGCGCUGCAUCUUUGGAGGGUGAUGCUUUGAGACCUGUAUCUGUCCUCACUGUGCCUCACGGCCCUGGGAGCAGCUCCGCUCUCAAUUCCUCAUCUAACAGUGCGGCUCCUCCCUGCCGACUGGAUAAAGACGUCAAGAGAGAAAAGAAAAGUCUUCUGAAGCUGUUGUCCUCCAAUAAGAAGAAGUCUCGACCUUCGCCCCCCUCCUCUCCCACCCUCGAGGCAGAGCAGGCUGCCGCUGGAGAGGUGCUACAUGGUGCUGUGGGCCCUGACACCUCCCCUCCCUCUGGCCCAGUGAGCUGCCUGGAGCCUGAACCUGCUGCUGCUUCUGCCUCAUCAUCAUCCUCCUCUUCCUCCUCAGUCCCAGAGUCGUCCCAUCGGAAGAACAGUCCCCUUGAUGGAUGUGUUCCAAUCGCUCCUCCUCCCCGCCAGCCCUGCUCAUCUCUUUUAUCUCAACCGCAUGAUGCACGUCCCAUCAUAUGUGAGAGGUACAGGGUGGUCGUAUCGUAUCCUCCACAGAGCGAGGCAGAGCUGGAACUUAAGGAGGGCGACAUUGUGUUUGUUCAUAGGAAGAGGGAAGAUGGCUGGUUCAAAGGCACGCUGCAGAGGAAUGGCAGGACGGGACUGUUCCCUGGCAGCUUUGUAGACAUCAUCUAAUACACACACACACACACACACAUUACAGUGACCCAGCUGACCGCUGCUAGCCUCGUUAAGGUGUCACCGCUCCCAAGGUUGCCGGGACAGGACCGUCACGAUGAUGCUAUAUGUCCUGAAAAAGACCAUGAGUGGCACCCAAGAGAGAGCUGCAGAGAAAAAUCGAUGAAAGCACAUUGGACAGAGUUAGAGGAGAGCACACACUACUCAUGAACUUUUCUCUUUUUUGUUGGUUAUUUAUAUCUUUGUAACAAUUCAGCUGUUAAAUGUGUGCCUUGUACUGUUCCUCACUUUAUUGUACAUAAGGACACAAACAUGAUCAGUCCUAAAACAUCCAAUAUGAACUGUUUUAUCCAUAUGUUACACAUUUAACUUAUUUCACAGAUCAACCUUUUUUUGUAGUGCCACAUGUUAAGGGGUUAAGUAAAGCACACGCCUUAUUUUAACGCAUCAGAUAUGCUUUUCUCUAUAUGACUGCUGUUUCAAACUGUCAAAAGACAGUGUAUUAGGUGGAACAGAUCAGAAUUGUGCUGCAGAAUAGGAAAAAAGAUGCUUCCUCCUCCUUCGAAGGCAUUAUUGAAACCAGAGGACCCUAACAGAGAUCUGCUGUAUUGCACAUUCGAGUAUUCUGCUUUUUGGAUGCUGCAUAUGACAAAAUAUUUCUGUGUGCCAUUCAUAGGCGUCCAGUUUUUUUUCUCGCAGUGUGGUUGUUGUGUAAAGGGCUGUUACCUGCAUUGAUCAAAUAUUUGCAUGUGAUUAGCAAAGCCAUCCGCAGGAGACAAAGUGCUGACAGACGUGCUGCGGGACUGUUUGGCUAUGCCGUUUUAAUAUGCGAAAAACACACUCCGAAAUGGACUCAGAUAUGCUUACUUUGUACCUUCUUUAUAUUUACUGACCAGAGUAGCUGCUCUCCUAACCGCCCUCCCUCCCUCGGCAGUAGCCAAACCCAGACAGAGCUCUCCAUCACAGGAGCGACGUAACAUUUCAGUAACGGUGCACGGCCGGUUCUUUUCAGUGUGUAUUUAUGUUAGUUACACAUUUCACAGACGCUGACACCUGCUGCUCGUAGAGAGUGUGUCAUAUGACUAAUCCGACACAGUCGCCCCUCAGCGGGCUCCAUUUGUGGACACUAUAACUCAUUCCUAAUGUGACUUGUGGCAAUAAGAAACACUGCUAGCUAAAGCACAGAAUGUUUGCCUAAAGUAGCAUAUUGUCGUAUCACUCCACAGGAAAAGGUGCGUUGUGAAUUUCUAUUGAAUCUAAUCGCAAAUUUUUAUUGAAAUCAAUCAUGUUGAGCCCUUGAUUUAUUUUUAUUUUAUUUUUUUGUGUCUUGUUUUUCAUGGGUAAGCGAUUAAAGUUUUGUUUUGUUUUUUUCCUGUUAAAUGUACUGACUUGAAUUACUGUAAGAUUUCUUAGUGAUUGGAGGGGAUUUGGUUGUAGUUUUGGUGCUUGUUAUUGAUGACAUUAGCAAUUUUAGAAUCAAUAAUUCAUACUUUGGAAAAUGAAAGCUUAAUUUUCAUAAAAAUAAUUCUUUGCCUUAAAGUGGACCAAUUAUGUUCAUUUCCAGCUCUAGAUUUUACGACUCCACUAGAGUGGUAGCUUUGUGUAAUUCACAGUUGAAAAUAAUCUUUAAUUAUUGAAUACUGGGCAUUGGGCAGCCUCUGAGCUCAUCUUUUGUCUGAAACAAGCUGUUUAGCUCCUCAUCUGAUUGGCUGCACCUCAUAAAUGAAAGAGCUAAAAUGUCUCAGGUGGCACAGUGGUGCCUCACUGCAAGAAAGCCCUGGGUUCAAACCAGCUGGCUGGGGCCUUUCUGUGUGGAGUUUUCAUGUUCUCUGUGGUUUCUCCCUGGGUGCUCCAGUUUCCUCUCACAGUCCAAGGACAUGCAUGUUAGGUCCAUCUGGUGAUUCUAAACUGGCCUGUAGGUGUGAAUGUGCACGUGGACGAUCCUGCAACAGACUGGCCACCUGUCCAGUGUGCUUCACCUCUCCCUCAGUGACAGCUGGGAUAGGCUACAGUCACAAGACUGAACAGGAUAGGCAGAAGAAAAUGGAUAGAUGGCUACUCUGUUUUAGCAGUUGUUUCUGUGUAGCGCAUCACAUGAGCCAAAAUGGAAACUGAAAUUAAAAUGCAGUUAAUUGCCCAGCCUCAGGUGUUAGUUAUGUUCCUGAGAUGAUUAUAUUCUUGCUGUAAAUCUACAGCUUAGCGUUUUGUGUAUAGACUCAGUUGGUUUUUAAGGUCUUCUUACUGCAUUUCAGUAAAAGUAACAGUUAAAGAUUUAUUGGUUCCAAGUCAACAUGAUCGGUGCAGAUACUCUAGACAUAAAUGCAAACAAUGAUAGGACUAUAAAUAAAGCUUAAAGGAUAUCUGUUUGACAUGAUACAGAGCCUGAAGUAGAAGAUCUGGGUUAACUGCACUAUGAUGCCCGAGCUUACAAGCUGACCCUGUCAUUUCAAACCAUAGCCAUGCGUAAUAUAAAUAUCCACCUUUUGUAACGUAAGAUAUAUCACAGAAAAGAAGGAAAAGCAUAGUCGGUCCACUUUAAAAACCCCUUUGAAAAAUCAAUGAAACCCUUCAUAGUAAAGGUGUUGUUAUAAACCAACCCCCCUCCUGCCUCAGGGGACCUCACAUCAGUUAAUGCGAUGUGACUUCUUCGUCUGAUUUUUCACGAAGUCUUUUGAGGUCCGUGGGGUAUUUAAACAUGUCGAGGCAAUCGCUGAAUUGUGCCAAAUGUGGCUUUGAGUGUGAGUUUAAUGACUGAAUUGGAUCCAAAGUUUCAAGUGUGUGUGAUUUCUUUUUUUUU